AUGAGCGAUGCUAGUGCUGAAAAAGAAAAAAAGCCUCUUGGCAAGCUAAAAUUCGAUCUUCCACAAGUCAAGUAUUCAUACAACUGGCAAAAACGGUUUUAUACGUUUAAGCGAGAGGAAAUUGUCGAAAAAGUGAUUUCAAUUUUCGCUGUGCGCGAAGAACACCGCCAAAAUCGACGUUUCCGAGAGUUGGAGUGGUUUGCGAAGAAAAUGGAGCUGAUUUUAUUCGACAAAUCGGAGACUCAAGAAAUUUACGAGGAUGCUAUCAAUGCAGUGCGUCAGGCCAUAGAGAAUGUAGUUUCUAAAGAUGCAGAGCUUCAGAAAAAUAUAGAUAACAAAGUGAUCCCACCUACCGAAAUGCUCGAAAAACUGUUUACACUGAAAGCAGAUCGAGAAGAAUACGUGGAAGAGGAUUUUAUGGAAGAGGGAGCCACCGUAGUGCACUUGAUAACACCAGAUCGGUUCAGACUCACGACAUUUGACUUGAAAGCGAAUAACGAGACGAUAAUCUUGAAGUCAGAAUGCGAGCGAAAACCAGUUCAAGGUCAGCAUAAUCGACGAAUCGCCAAGGCUCGAUAUACAACAACAAUGAUUCCACCCGAUGAGCUCACCAUGGAAUUCACUCUUACACCUCUUGAUGUGAAAGUGACCCAAACGGAUUUCGUUGUUAAAAAAUCGGAAAAAAAUAAAGAAAAACAAGAAGAAAAAGAAGAAGUGAUUGGACAAGAAGAGCAGGUUGAAGAUGAGAAAUCUGGUGAGUAG